GUAAGUCUUGCUUGUGUUUUGCCAAGAAGUUGCCCCUGUCAUUCGAACUUGGUUGUGUUUUGUGUGUGUUUGAGAAGGGAAGUUGUGUUUUUUAAAAUGCCAAUCAUAUCUCCCCCCGCUUCUUGUUGCGUAUUGAUUGUAAUGGGGUUAAAUAACGCAAACGCUGCGAUGUGAGAAUUAUGGGGUGUCAUUAGUGAGACUUCAUUGAUUUUGGUCUUAUUGUGGAUUUCAUCAAAAAGCUAAAAGUGGAAGUUAAGGGGAGUAAUGUGGUUCUGUUUUCUGCUCGGUCUCAUAUCAUUGACCCGAGCGGAUGCAGACUAUUGGAUCUGGGCUGCAGAACAUCAUAUUGCACUUUCCGGAGCCGUGGAAGUGCGUUAUCGAAUCCCGUCCUCUGGUCCAGAACUUCGCCUUCAACUUGUUCAAGUAGAAAAUGAUGAAGACAAGCUCCUUGCUAAACGAGAUGUUCCGCCCAAUUUUGUCAACGGCAAAGUGGCUUUCCUCUGCCGAGUGUUCGAAAGAGCUGGCGUAUUUGCCUUUAGACUUGUUACUAGUAAAGAGGAUAAAGUCGUCGCGAGAACAAAAAACAUGGAUGUUCGAUGGCCAGAAGUAACCAUUCAUGUCCCUCAUGUAGUGGAAACGUACAGCUCAAAUGUGUCCGUCAUUUUGUCUGUCAAUUCCGUACAGUGCAAGCCUCGUGGAGGUUACACUGCAUUCAUUGAUCUCAUUUUUGAAGGAUCUUCUCCGGUUACAUGGCAACAGCCAACUGUUUUAACUAGCAAGGAACUCACCAGCUGGAUGUGGAAUGCUACGUUUGAUAUCGUUCUUGAUUGUGAAUACUUUGACAGGGAAGGAAACUACACAGUAAGAGUUCGAACAAGCCUACCGAAUGCUCCAAUAGUUGCUGUUAGCGAUCCUAUUCAAGUGAUUUGGAGUCGCCGAUAUUCAGUCAGCGUAGCCAAAAGUUCCGUGCAACCUUGUGAUGGAAGUCUAUCGGUUAUUUAUCGAUAUCCUCGUUGCAUUUUGGAUCAAGACAGAAUUCGAGUUUACGGAAAAGCCCCAAAAGGAAGUCUCAAGUAUAUUCGAGAAAGCCGAAUCAUUACUGGAAAACAUUCCACUAAGCUUUCCUGUGACAUCUUUCAAGAUGAUUAUCAAGAAUAUUGCUUCAGUUUUGUCAGUACUGCUCGCAACGGAGCAGUAUUUGAUUUGAAGACUCAUUGUCUGCCAACUUUAACAGAAACUGAUAGUGUCUUCGAGAAAUGGAGUGAAUGGGGCGCUUGGAGUGAAUGCUCUUCAACGUGUGGUUCCGGAACUCAGAAUCGUUUCAGGUUGUGCAUCACCUCACACAAUGGUUCAAAAUGUACUGGAAGAGCUGUCCAAUCGCAGAAGUGUAACGAAAAACCGUGUCCAGCUGCCGUGCAAACCACUACGGAGGAACCUGCAAUUUGGAAAUGCUCCUGUUCAUGUGAAAAAAAUAUAACAGAUAAAAUGCUCAUCAAGAUAUUGUUUUCUUCUUGUGACACUGAGAUAAAUCUCAUCGCUCAAGCUUGGCCGUUGGGUCAAGUUCUUGUUGAAGUCCAGAAACUAGUCUUCCCUUCUACAGAAAACUAUUGGCUUACUGUCCGAGAUGGUAAAUCAUCAUUGGGGCCUGUUCUUGCCAUGUUAGAUCCCUCCUCCAAUCAUCAACCCGUACAUUCGUUAACAGGGGUUAUUCGAUUGGAAAUUCAUGCCUCAAACACAACCCUUCGAGAGGUGGAAAUCACGUGCUUAUUUACACGGACAGAAAUACCGAGAGCAAGUCUUGCUAUGAUUGGUCAAAACUUGGAUGAAAGUCUAUCUCCUCGAUUAUCAGCCGUCCACGUGACCAUCAUCAUGCUGGCUUCCGUCCUAGGAGUCACGAUUAUAUGCCUGGCAUUUGUAUAUUUAUAUCGUCAAUGUAAGCUGAAAGUUACCAAAGAACCCGCCCAAGAAACAGAUUGUCCCGAUUUGUUAACGUCCACAUCAGAUUUAUCAAUCAAAUCUCCGUCCGCCAAAAGUCCCGAAGAUUAUCUUUAUAAAAGUUUUAUUUUCCGUUCACCUUCGUCCUACACACCAAAACCCAAGCUUAAGUGGGAUAAACUUCCGCCAAAGCUGGAACCUUGUGACACCUCAUCACCCAUCAGACGUCGUGGUCGGCUUGUCAACAAGAAUGUGCAGCGAGAAAGUACGGCCCCACUAGCUGCAUCUGUAUCAGAAAUUUCUAUGACUGGUUCAGAAGAUGGUUUUGAAUAUGAUUAUUAUGAUUACGGCUGUCAUCAGGAACCUGGAUCCUUCUUUUGCCCAGAUCCAGUACUGAUGGGUUGGCCUCCUUUUAUACCUCUGCCUCCUCAUGGUGCAGAAGAGCAAAUAGAUUAUCCAUUGCAACAUUUUACUCCAUCCCCAGAGCAUUCAUAA